ACAUCUAAAAAAAGCUCUAGACUCAAAGCUACACUCACAGGCUGUAAGUGACACUUGUGUGGAGUUCAGCUGCCUGUUGCAUGCAAUGACUGCGAUGUACCGGAUACUUCUCCUGUUAUCUGUGGCUGUGGCCUCUGCAGGUUCACGCAAGUCUCAGCGGACAAAAAGAGGUUUACUGGAGCUGGCAGGAGCUAUCAAAUGCAGCACAGGGAGAUCUGCCUUGGCUUACAUGAUGUACGGAUGCUAUUGUGGACUGGGUGGUCAAGGCUGGCCCAGAGACAGGGCAGACUGGUGUUGUCACAGACAUGAUUGCUGUUAUGGAGAUGCAGAACGUCUUGGCUGCCAAACCAAAACAGACAAGUAUCAGUGGACGUGUGAAGACAAGACAGCUGAGUGUGACAAUCUGAAGGACAAAUGUGAAAAGUUCCUGUGCAAGUGCGACAGAGAUGCUGCCAAAUGUUUGAGGAAAUCACCCUUCAUCCGGAAAUAUGCCCUAUGGCCAGAUUUCCUCUGUGGUCAUGAACAUCCAAUGUGUAAUAUUUACUGACAUAAUAGAUGUGUCUAUCUGUGCCUUUUGUAUAUAAAACACGUUACAGUAAUCAUGGUAAUGUCAUCGCUGUGAAAUAGAGAAAGGCAUUUUUGGGCUUUUAUAGUGUUUUUUACACAGCCUUUAUUUUAUAUCAUUAUUAGACUCUUUUAAUUAAAUGGCAAAACAACAGUGUUGUGUUUUUGCAGAUACCUUUUAUAACAUAUGUAUUGUUUUAAUAAAAGCUACUUUAAAAGCCCCAAACGAGCUUAAAGUAAAUGAACACCUACAUGUGGAUUUUCCUGUGACUGUCUGGAAAGUUUUGAAGAUCACGGCCUUACGAGAAGUCCACACAAAAACAGGUAACUUGAGCGUUCCUCUUUUGAAAUUCAGCUAAGCAUGUGCUAAUCAGGCAGGGAUAGAUCAGAUAGCCAGUCCUCACAACAGUACUUUUAUUUGUUGAAAUACUAUGCAGCCAGGGCACUGCCCGCCUUAUUACUGUGAAGUUGACUCCCUGUCUGUGAGGAAACUUCAUUCAUUGGGGGUUGUAAAGUUAGUGAGCUAAUGGGCAAACUGAGGUUUUUUUCCUCAUUUCUAUUUUAAAGUCUGCUGUGACUCAAGUCGCAAGUUGUUCACUUUCUCCAAAAUCGAUGUAUUUAUUUUUCACUUGCAUUGUCUGUGCUAUUUUCAGGAGCAUGACAGUCGGCAGAGUGACUCAGACCUUAUUUCUAAGUGUAUAUGUUAUUGUAAAACUGUGUGAAAACGUGCUGUUAUUCAUUUCCCUUUAAGGCUUUGAAAGUAUUGCAACAUGGUUAAAGAUUGUUGAAGAACUUCCCCAAAUAGCUACUAAAUGAUCUCAUAUACCCCUAAUAAAAUGCCCAUGUGUAUGGCCUCGUUGGCUGGUU